CUGGCAGCCGCAGUUCCAGUUCAACCCCAAGCCUGGAAACUUCCAUAUGCUGCAGGUGCGAUCCUAAUUUUUAGGGAAAAAAAUCUGAUGGCAUUUCACCCAGAAAUAGAUUUAUGGGACCACAAAUGACCCUGAUCAGCCAAAGCAAUCUUGAGAAAGGAAAAAAAAGCUGGAGGCCUCAUGCUCCCUGAAUCAAACGAUGUUUUGUCAGUAGUAGUCAGAACAGUAUGGUGUUGGCAUAAAAGCAGGCACAUAGAUCAGUGGAACAGAAUGGAGAGCCUAGAAAAAAACCCGCAUGUGUAUGGUCAACUAAUUGAGAGUGAGAGAGCCGAGCGUAGGCAAUGGGAAAAGGACAGUCUCUUCAAUCAGUGAUAUUGGGAAAACUGGGUAGCCAGGUGCAGAAGAAUGAAACUGGACAACUAUUUUAUGCCGUACACAACAGUUAACUCAAAAUAGAUUAAAGAAUUGAGUGUAGCACCCAAACCACAAAAUCCCUAGACGAAAACACAGAUGGUAGGCUCCUUGAUCUUGGUCUUCGCCAUCUUGGGUCUGACACUAAAAGCAGAGGCAACAAAAGCAAAAAUAAACAACUGGGCCUGCAUCAACCCAAAGAGCUUUUGCACCGCAAAGGAGCCAUCAACGGAAUGGAAAGGCAACCUGCUGAAUGGGAGAUAAUAUUUGCAAAUCAUAUUCUGAUAAGGGGUUAAUAUCCAGAAUGUAUAAAGAAUACAUACAGCUCCAGAGCAUAAAAACCCAAGCAGUUUUGAUUGAAAAAUGGGCGGAAGAUCUGAAUAGACAUUUUUUCUAAAGAAAACACACAAAUGAGCAAGAGAUACAUGAAAAGAUGCUGAACUUGAGUGAUCAACACGGCAGUACAUAUCAAAAUCAUGAUGAGAUUGCACUUCAUGCCUGUUAGAAUGGCCAUUAUCAAAAAGACAAGAGAUAGCUUUUGAUGAAGAUGUGGAGGAAAGGGAACUCUUGUGUGCACUGUUGGUAGGAAUGUAAAUUGGUGCAGGCUGUGUGAAAAACAAUAUAUCUCAAAAAAUUUGAGAUAUCUCAAAAAAUUUAAAGUGGAAUUACCAUGUGAUCCAGCAGUUCCACUCCUUGAUACCUAACACUAACUCAAAAAGAUAUAUGCACCACCAUCUGUAUUGCAGCAUCAUUUACAGUAGCCAAGAUACGGAGACCACCUCGCUGUUCCUUGAUGGGUGAAUGGAUAAAUAGUGUGGGGUGUGUGUAGAAGGACACAUGCACGCUGGAAUCUAACUUUUUUCAGCCAUAAAAAAGAAGGAAAUUUUGCCAUUUCCACCAACAUGGAUGGACCUUGAAGGCAUACUAAGUGAAGGCGCUUAGAGAGAGCCACAAUGGAAAAGUCCUGGAUGCUAUGGAACUUUGUUGAAAGAUGGCUGAUAGCUUUGGCUUCAUGGUCUUGGGCCCUCUGCCGUAUUUCUCUUUUACCUUUAAUAGUGACUUUUCAUCUGUAUGGAGGCAUUGUCUUACUUUUGUUAAUAUUCAUAUCAAUCGCAGGUAUUCUGUAUAAAUUCCAGGAUGUGUUGCUUUAUUUUCCAGAACAGCCAUCAUCUUCACGCCUCUAUGUUCCCAUGCCUACUGGGAUCCCACAUGAAAACAUUUUCAUCAGAACCAAAGACGGAGUGCGUCUGAAUCUUAUUUUGAUAAGGUACACUGGAGACAGUUCGCCCUAUUCCCCAACUAUAAUUUAUUUUCAUGGGAACGCAGGCAACAUAGGUCACAGGUUACCAAAUGCACUGCUCAUGCUGGUUAACCUCAAAGUUAACCUUUUGCUUGUUGAUUAUCGAGGAUAUGGAAAAAGCGAAGGAGAAGCAAGCGAAGAAGGACUCUACUUAGAUUCUGAGGCUGUGCUGGACUACGUGAUGACCAGACCAGACCUUGACAAAACGAAAAUUUUUCUUUUUGGCCGUUCCUUGGGAGGAGCAGUAGCUAUUCAUUUGGCUUCUGAAAAUUCACAUAGGAUUUCAGCCAUUCUGGUGGAGAACACAUUUUUAAGCAUACCACACAUGGCAAGCACUUUAUUUUCGUUCUUUCCAAUGCGUUACCUUCCUUUAUGGUGCUACAAAAAUAAAUUUUUGUCCUACAGAAAAAUCUCUCAGUGCAGAAUGCCUUCUCUUUUCAUCUCUGGACUUUCUGACCAAUUAAUUCCACCAGUAAUGAUGAAGCAACUUUAUGAACUCUCCCCAUCUCGGACUAAGAGAUUAGCCAUUUUUCCUGAUGGAACUCAUAACGACACGUGGCAGUGCCAGGGCUACUUCCCUGCCCUUGAACAGUUCAUCAAAGAAGUAAUAAAGAGUCAUUCUCCCGAAGAAAUGGCGAAAACUUCAUCUAAUGUAACAAUUAUAUGAUGUCUUUCUUUCUUUUUGAUUAAUGCACUGUGUUUUAGUUUGGGCAGAAUGAUAAAGAAUAUUCCUUUCUGGAAGUGUGUGAUGUCUGUGCUUGUCUGAAGAGCGGCGUUAAACUUUGAAAGGACUUCAGUGCUCCUUUAAAAUGACCCAAGUAGUUUCUUACACUUAAAGAAAUACGAUUCUUGGGAUUAUUUCUUACAUUUUCAUCAGACUUUUCCGUGUGGUUAUGUAUCCAUAUCUUUAAUAUGCUAUUAGAAUAGCGUAUUAUAUUCAAAUGUUUCUUGUUGCUAACGCUGUAGAACCGACAUGACACUUGGAUUAAUGACUAAGUGUGGCAGGAGUCAUGUGAACGAGAAACCUUUGGAUAUUAUUCCUUUAGUGAAUAUCGGGACAAUCAUGGUAAGCAAGCUUAGUUCUACAACUGCAUUUUUUCACCUUAAAAGUUAAAAUGAAAUGCAUGAUGGUAUUUUAUUCCUUGACUUAUGCAAUGCAAUGUUUUUAAUGUAAAUAGUACUGGUCAUAUACCAAUGUAUAUGGUAACCUGGGUGAUAUCUAUUUUUAUGUAAACUCUAUUUUGUUUUUAGCAAGAAAUGAAAUUGAGGCCUGUGUGCAGGUUGCCAUUGAAGUUGCUCUGGUGAAUGCUGAGAUCCAGCUUUUUCUUACAAAUAAAUGGGACCCCAUUUUCCAAUAUAAAUGUACCAUGUUUUGUUAGGUACAGUCUGGAUCAUGGCAUGUCAAAAUAGAAAUUUAGAAUUUUACUGCAGCUUUGGUGUGCAUAUUUGAACUUUUUAACAUUUGUAAUUUUGGUGGCAAAGGGAAUUUUAGCUUCUGUCGGUUUUGUAAGUCUACAGCUGAACCACCCAUAGCAGUCAUAAUGAAGAUUAGACCUUGUUUAGGAAUUAACUAGGACGUCUUGUCAUGACGUUAUUGUACCCACUAUUUUACUAAAAUUCCCGCAUUUGAUUUUAAGUCCAAGUAUCUAGUUGUGUCUAUUCCUCUAGUAAGCCAAGAUAUCAUUUAUUGAACUUUCCAAAAAUAAAAGCUACAGAAACAGAAGUCAAACAAACAAACACACACUGUUUUGGGGGGGUUAAUGUUUCAUUUACAAAGUGGAAGAACUGCGUGAAAAGACAGUUCGGGGAAGGCUUAUUUAUUUUGUACGUGUGGCAGUGUGUGAAGAGAGGAACUCGAGAGCUUUUAAUCACACAAUUUAUCACCACACCUAACAAGUGGCUCGAAGUGGGAAGUGGUAUUUAGACAUGUAGAAGAGGAAGAACAAUCUUACUUUAAAAAAAGAGCCCCCUUGAAACAGGAUUUACCUUAAAAACUAUAGGCUAGGUUGUUUCAAGCAGUCCUCAGAAGUGAGACGUAAUUGAGCUCUGUACAUGUUCUGUCAGCUUUAACAUGAUGUUUUGAAUACUUUAGCUAUAUUUAUUGGCUUUGUGCAAGCAUCUAGGACAGAGAAAUAGUGGGUCAGUAAUCUUGACCUGAAUUUAAAACUCUUUCCGUGGAGAUAGGGCUAGAAAUACUUUUGCCAAAUAACAUUCUUACCAUUUACUUUAUGUCAGUAUUUAGAAAAAAAUAAAUUAUAGCAAGUAUGAUUUCUAAAGGGUAAUGUUUUCUAUAAAUUGUAAAAAAAAAAAUUCAUGCUUUUUAAAAGAAAAGAUGGUCAUGCUUAUCAUGGAAGGUGUAUUUUGUAUGUAUAAAUUCGCUACAAUUAAAGGAUACUUUUCAACUUGUCAAUCAUUGCUAUGUAGAAUGACUAUCCUAAAUAGUAAUGUAUUAAAAAGACAUUAAAAUGACAAAAUGCAGUGUAUUUAGACAUGAGCUUACCUGGCACACCUUAGACAUAUUCUUUAAAGUUUACAGAGUACCUGAUAUUUUCAUGUGAUCAUUUAGUCCAGUACACUACGGAGGAAUUUAUCAACGUCAGUUAGAAAUAUUAUGCUGAUGAAGUGUGAAAAGCUGUUUCUUCAUCAUUGUUUUAUUUCAUGCUGCUUUUUUAGUUUGUCUGUUUUGGUACUCUAGGUUUAUAAACCGCCCCCCCUUGUUUGAGCCGGGACUUAAGUUGUGGGGGGACCUGUGCCCCUCCCUGCCCCCGUUCUCCUCUUCGGGUUGAGAAUCCUUUCUUUCUGCAGCAGAGAGAGGAGGUUGCACCUCGGGUUGUACUUCUUUCUUUUCUAGCGUCUGUCCUUGAGACGAUUUCAUUGAUGGGGUGGGGGGUAGAUAACAAACUCCCAUCCUCAGGGUCUGGGAAGCCCAGGCAUCGUUUUUUAAAAACGUGUCUAAUUUUGCGGCCAAAGCCGUGGGUCUUCGUGAAACCCGAAUUCCUCACGAGUCACACCUCCGUUUUGGACCCAUCUCUGUGUGGGAAUAGGAGUGUGUCCACCUUGUUUAUUCAUUUCUGCCUCAUUUAUGCAAGAGCAGCUUUAGGAGUUUCUGAUGAGUUUUUAAGUUAUUAAGCUACUGUAAUGUGGAAAUCCUAGAAUGGUCUUGAAUGUGGCAAAGUAAAAUUCGUUUAGGUCAAAAUCCGUUAUUUUAAAAGGGACUGCUGGGGGUAAAAUGGCAAAAAGGAUCCUAAAGAAGGAGACGGCGAACUAUGAAGGAAGUCGUUUGUGGCACAGACGCAAGAAUACCAACGGGGCAGAGACGUUCUUAGGUGUGGAUGGAGGAAAUGCCGAGGUGAGGCUGGGGAGAAGGAAAUGUCACGUGCAAAGCAAAACAUUCGAACGCAAGGUGACUGGAGUGCCUGGUCGUACACCCACCUUGUGUUUUUGCAAAUGCUUGGACUGUAUGUAAAAUUGGUAUUUUUAUUAAAAUGGUAUUCUGAA